AUGGCUUUCAAUUCUUUUGCCGGAAAUGCUCCUUCGCACGCUCAAUCCUCACUGCCCUCGUUACCGUCACACCUACAGUCAGACACCCACUUGACAGCUCAUUUGGCCAGCAGAUUUCAUGUUUCACUACCCACCGCACGUCUUUCCUCACAAGCCCUGAUAUGCACCAACACGUACACUUCGUCGGCCAAAGGGCCAGAUGGUGGGAAAGAGGGGAGUGCUAUGGGGGAAGCUGAAGAUCUAGCGAAACGCGCCUUUGCUCGACUAGGAGCUCGCGGGGAAAACCAGGCAGUUGUGUUUCUGGGUGAAUCCGGCUCCGGAAAGACCACCGUUCGCUCCCAUGUUCUAUCUUCCUUCCUCUCGUUCUCUUCUACUCCCUUGUCGACAAAGCUAUCUCUUGCUGCCUUUGUCUUCGACUCCCUCACCACUACGAAAUCUGUCACAACACCAAUAGCCUCCAAGGCCGGCUUGUUUUUCGAGCUACAAUAUGACUCGUCUUCGACCAACCCGACUUUGAUCGGUGGUAAAAUUCUCGAUCAUCGACUAGAGAGAAACCGAAUCACAUCCGUCCCGACCGGCGAACGCAGCAUCCAUGUGCUUUACUACCUGCUUGCUGGCACAAGUGCCGCCGAGAAAUCCCAUCUAGGACUCGAGUCUACUGGUAUUCCAUCUGCCUCUGGGGGCAACCACAAGCGAUGGCGGUAUCUUGGCCACCCGACCCAGCUCAAGGUCGGUGUCAAUGAUGCCGAAGGCUUCCAGCAUUUCAAGACCGCCCUACGAAAACUUGAGUUUCCCCGGAGUGAAAUCGCCGAAAUCUGUCAAAUUUUGGCAACCAUCCUCCAUCUCGGCCAGCUCGAAUUCAUGACAGGCCAGUCUACCACAACUGGAGCCGAGGAAAGUGGUGGUUAUUCUCACGAAGGCGGUGAGACCGUAACAUUGGUCAAGAACAAGGAAGUUUUGGCGUGUAUUGCUGCUUUCUUGGGUCUCAGCACUGAAGAUCUAGAAGUUAGCUUCCGUCUUAAGAGCAAGACCCUCCACCGAGAGCGUGUUACCGUCAUGCUGGACCCCCAAGGUGCUCGUCAAAACGCCGACGAACUUGCACGGACCUUGUAUUCUCUGUUGGUGGCAUAUGUCAUUGAGAAUAUCAACCAGAGGACUUGUGCGGUCGAGGAUAGUGUCGCCAACACUGUGUCCAUUAUCGACUUCCCUGGCUUUGCGCAAUCCUCCUCUACCGGAUCCUCCCUCGACCAGCUUCUCAAUAACGCUGCCGUGGAGAGUCUGUAUAACUUUUGCCUGCAGAGCUUUUUCGCGAACAAGGCAGAGCUUCUGGAAAGCGAAGAAGUCAGUGUCCCCGCGACAAGCUAUUUUGACAAUUCCGACGCUGUUCGCGGUUUAUUAAAACCGGGUAAUGGUCUCCUAAGUAUUAUUGAUGAUCAAGCCCGCCGUGGCAAGACCGAUCUCCAAAUGCUCGAGAGUAUGAAGAAGAGAUUUGAGAACAAAAACCCUGCCAUUGAGGUCGGUGACAGCAUGGCUAAAAUGCCCGGAAGCAAUUUCACUGCCCCCAGCACGAACGCUUCCUUUACAAUAAGGCAUUUCGCCGGUGAAAUCGAAUAUCCCGUCAAUGGACUGGUCGAAGAAAACGGCGAAACCAUUUCAGGCGAUCUCGUCAACCUCAUCAAUACUACUCGUAGCGACUUUGUUCGCGAUCUUUUCGGCCAGAAAGCACUGCAUAAAGUGACCCAUCCCAAGGAGAAAACCGCUGUUGUCCAGGCCCAGGUCAGCUCUAAGCCAAUGCGGAUGCCGAGUAUGGCGCGUCGUAAAUUCAACGCGUCCUCUAGGCUCACCGCAUCUGCUCCUCGGGCUAAUAACGAUGAUGACAGCGACAGUCACAAUGGUAGCACCAAGACUGGCGUGACCGGGCGUAAGAAAAACAACGGCACAGGCGCCGAACAAGGCGCUGCGGGCCAAUUCCUAUCGUCACUUGAAAUCAUCAAGCAAUGUCUCACAACACCAAAUCUCAACCCAUAUUUCGUCUUUUGUUUGAAGCCGAAUGACAGAAGAAUUGCCAACCAGUUCGACAGCAAGUGUGUGCGUAUGCAGUUACAGACAUUCGGCAUUGCUGAAAUAAGCCAAAGAUUACGCAACGCAGACUUUACUAUAUUUCUUCCUUUCGCUGAGUUCCUUGGCCUGGCAGAAGCCGAAGCUAUCGUGGUUGGCAGUGAUAAGGAAAAAGCCGAACUUGUUUUGGAUGAACGCAAAUGGCCCGGAAAUGAGGCGCGCGUUGGUAGCACCGGUGUUUUCCUUAGCGAACGAUGCUGGGCCGAUAUUUCUAAGCUGGGUGAACGAGUUCUUCCGUCCUAUCGAGCCGACUCUUUCGAGGACGGAGACGCGAUGCUUCAAGCACAAGGCUCAUAUUCUGACGCUAGAGUCCGAUUAAUCAACUCUGGGGAAAAUACCCCAAGCGGCGCUUUUAUCUACGGCGAUGAGACGAAGCAGGGCGGCUAUUUUGGCAGCCGUGAUAUCGAUGGUCGCUCUGAUGCCGGUGCCUCUGCUUUCAACUCCGGUGACAUGUUCAAAAACUUCGAGACGAGAGAGCAAAUGGCAGAGAAGAGCAAGGAACGCAAGAUGGAGGAGGUUGACGAGGUUGCCGACUCGGGUAGUCGUAAACGCUGGCUAUUUAUCGUCUACAUGAUGACUUUCUGGGUCCCCGAGUUUCUUGUUAGGUUUGUCGGGAGAAUGAAACGCAAGGACGUCAGGAUGGCUUGGCGUGAAAAGCUGGCCAUCAACAUGCUGAUCUGGCUGUCUUGCGCUAUUGCCAUCUUUUUCGUCGUUGGCUUCCCAAUGUUAAUCUGUCCCCAUCAAUACGUUUACUCGGCAUCUGAGCUGGCAUCCAACAAUGGUGCAGAUGGUCACUCGUCAUAUGUUGCUAUUCGGGGUGUGGUGUUCGAUCUCAACGCCUUUGUCCCGGCACAUUAUCCGAAAAACAUCAUCCCAACUUCUGCGUUUAAGGAAUACGCUGGUAUCGAUGCUACAGCACUCUUUCCUGUCCAGGUAUCGGCCCUCUGCCAAGGGGUUAACGGCACUGUAGACCCAUCUGUGCAACUUGAUUUCACACCAGUCAACAUCACCGGCUCAGCUACAACUAUCAGUGCAUCAGACAGCAACGCCAAUUACCAUGAUUUCCGUUACUUCUACGAUGACUACCGCCCGGACUGGUUUGCUGAGCAAAUGAUGAUGUUGAAAGCCUCGUAUAAAAAGGGCUAUAUUGGCUACAGCGAGCAGUACAUGAAAACUUUAGCUACGAAACAUUCAAAGUCGGUCGCAAGUAUCAACGGCAACGUUUAUGAUUUCACCAACUACGUAGCUGGAGGCCGGAGAGUACUUGUUCCUCCCGGCCAAUCGAAACCCACGGACGUGAACACGGACUUCAUGUCUCCGUACGUGGUUGAAUUGUUCUCUGAUAAGUCUGGUCAAGAUGUUACGAAAUAUUGGAAUGAGCUCAAAAUAGACAACGAACUUCGCCAACGCAUGAAACUGUGCAUGGAUAACCUCUUCUUCGUUGGCAAAGUCGAUACACGAAACUCGGUGCAAUGCCAGUUCGCUAAUUAUUUCAUUCUUGCCAUCUCAGUGUUCCUAGCUCUGGUCAUCCUGUUCAGAUUCCUUGCUGCUCUCCAGUUCGGUAAGAAGAACAUACCGGAAAACCUGGAUAAAUUUAUCAUCUGUCAAGUUCCAGCCUAUACCGAGGAUGAAGAAUCACUCCGACGUGCCAUUGACUCUAUGGCUCGCAUGAAGUAUGAUGACAAGCGCAAGUUGCUUCUUGUUCUUUGUGACGGUAUGAUUAUUGGUCAGGGCAACGAUCGGCCAACUCCACGAAUUGUCCUGGAUAUCUUGGGGGUCCCAGAAACCGUGGAUCCGGAACCCUUGAGCUUCGAGAGUCUGGGCGAGGGUAUGAAACAGCACAAUAUGGCCAAAGUCUAUUCGGGUCUAUACGAGGUGCAAGGACACAUUGUGCCUUUCAUGGUUGUCGUCAAGGUCGGAAAGCCUUCUGAAGUGUCGCGCCCUGGAAACCGUGGCAAGCGAGAUUCGCAAAUGAUCCUCAUGCGCUUCCUCAACCGUAUCCAUUACAACCUUCCGAUGAGCCCUAUGGAGUUGGAGAUGUACCACCAAAUUCGCAAUAUUAUUGGGGUAAAUCCAACAUUUUACGAAUUCAUUCUGCAGGUCGAUGCCGAUACCGUCGUCGCCCCGGAUUCUGCAACGCGAAUGGUCGCCUCAUUCCUCGCCGAUACCCGUAUCAUUGGUCUUUGUGGUGAGACAUCUUUGAGCAACGCGAAGCAAUCCAUGGUCACGAUGAUUCAAGUUUACGAAUACUACAUUUCUCACAAUCUAAUCAAGGCCUUCGAAAGUUUGUUUGGCUCAAUCACCUGUUUACCCGGUUGUUUUACCAUGUAUCGCAUCAGAUCGGCAGACACUGGCAAGCCAUUAUUCGUAAGCAAGGAGGUUGUCGAAUCAUAUGCAGAAAUUCGUGUUGAUACACUUCACAUGAAGAACCUCUUGCAUUUAGGUGAAGAUCGUUAUCUCACCACCCUGCUCUUGAAGCACCAUUCGAAGUAUAAGACCAAAUAUCUUUUCCGGGCCCACGCAUGGACCAUUGCCCCUGACAGUUGGACUGUUUUCUUGUCUCAACGUCGUCGAUGGAUCAACUCAACGGUGCACAACCUCAUCGAACUGAUACCGUUGCAACAACUCUGUGGUUUCUGCUGUUUCAGUAUGCGGUUCGUUGUGUUCAUUGAUCUUAUGAGUACGGUCAUUCAGCCAGUCACUGUGGCUUACAUCGGUUACCUCAUUGCCUGGUUGAUUAUUGACACAUCAAACAUACCCCUUACUUCGUUCAUUCUUCUUGGAGCAGUUUACGGAUUGCAAGCUAUCAUCUUCAUCCUCCGCCGGAAGUGGGAGAUGGUUGGCUGGAUGAUUAUCUACAUUCUUGCGACACCCGUCUUUGCUUUAGGCUUACCUCUGUAUUCUUUCUGGCAUAUGGACGACUUCUCUUGGGGAAAUACUCGUGUCGUGACCGGUGAAAAGGGCAAGAAAGUUGUCAUGUCCGAUGAGGGCAAAUUCGAUCCUGCUUCGAUUCCGAAGAAAAAGUGGGAGGAAUACCAAGUCGAACUGUGGGAAGCACAGUCCCAACGAGACGACAGUCGCUCGGAAGUGUCUGGCUAUUCCUACGGUACCAAAUCCUACCACCCAGCAGCUACCGAUUACAACUUCCCGGCGUCUCGCCCGAUGUCCCAGCUUGACCUCACGUCUCGCUUCGGAUCGCGCAUGUCGCUCGCUCCAUCGGAGAUGCUCGGCGGCGCCGGAAAUUACGAGUUGAGCGAUCUUACCGGCUUGCCUAGCGACGACGCCAUCCUCGCAGAGAUUCGCGAGAUCCUCAACACAUCGGACUUGAUGAGUAUCACGAAGAAGGCAGUCAAAGUAGAACUAGAAAGGCGGUUUGAAGUCAACCUCGACUCGAAGCGUACAUACAUCAACUCUGCAACCGAAGCAAUCCUCUCUGGUCAACUGUGA